CUCUGCUCUGCAGUAAAGCUGGGGGAAGGCCUGCCCCAAAAAACAGCCACGCGAGCCUGGCUGCUUGUACAACCAGAUGUCUGCCUUUUAGUCAUCGUUAUCCUCCAGGAAAGAUUAACUCCCAACUGCAAGGAGAACCGUCUUUGCUGCCCAGGCAGGCGGCACGGUGCUCACCCACAGCCACGGGGUGCUCGCGGGGCAGCAGCGCCGGAGCCUUCCGUGUUUGCUUUCCGGGCGUGGGUGCCAAGUGAGGAGGACUGGAAAGAUGAGUAAUGCCACCCGGGCCGUGCCCUCUCCCACGCCACCCAGCUCCCCAGGACCCAGCACGGUGACCAGGCUGGUCUCGGCCACCCCUUCCCCAGCCCUUGCCGUGCUGAUGACCACCCACAACGACUCCCAGGAUGGCCAGCAGCUUUUCCUGACCACCACGGCAGCACAGGUCAUCUCCGGCAUCUUCGUCUGGUCGGCGCUCAUCAUCACCUUCCACCAGAUCUACACGCACCUGAGGAACUACACUGUCCCCAAGGAGCAGCGCUACAUCAUCCGCAUCCUCUUCAUUGUGCCCAUCUAUGCCUUCGACUCCUGGCUCAGCCUCCUCCUCCUCGGCAGCCACCAGUACUAUGUCUACUUUGACUCAGUGCGUGACUGCUAUGAAGCUUUCGUGAUUUACAGCUUCCUAAGCCUGUGCUUUGAGUACCUCGGUGGGGAGAGCACCAUCAUGACGGAGAUCCGAGGGAAGCCCAUUGCGUCCAGCUGCUUCUAUGGGACCUGCUGCCUUCAGGGCAUGUCCUACUCCAUUGGGUUCCUGCGCUUCUGCAAGCAGGCCACGCUGCAGUUCUGCAUCGUGAAACCACUCAUGGCCAUCGUCACCAUCAUCCUGCAGGCGUUCGGGAAGUACCACGACGGGGACUUCAAUGUCCGAAGCGGCUACCUCUACAUCACCAUCAUCUACAACUUCUCCGUCAGCCUGGCACUUUACGCCCUCUUCCUCUUCUACUUUGCCACCAUGGACCUGCUGCGCCCGUUUGAGCCAGUCCUCAAGUUCAUCACCAUCAAGGCCGUCAUCUUCCUCUCCUUCUGGCAAGGGACACUGCUGGCAAUCCUGGAGAAAUGCGGGGUGAUCCCCGAAGUUCAGAUCAUAGACGGGAAGGAGGUGGGAGCUGGGACAGUGGCUGCUGGCUACCAGAACUUCAUCAUCUGCAUUGAGAUGCUCUUUGCUUCCAUUGCCCUGCGCUACGCGUUUACCUGCCAGGUGUACAGGGAGAAGAAAGAAAACACAACAGCAAACCUUGCCCCGAUGCAGAGCAUCUCGAGCGGGCUGAAGGAGACCAUGAGCCCCCAGGACAUCGUGCAGGAUGCCAUCCACAACUUCUCGCCCACGUACCAGCAGUACACCCAGCAGUCCAUGCAGGAGACAGAGCACAAAGUGCCGGGCCAGAACGGGCACGUGGCCUCCAAGGCAGAGGGAGUGAGCAGCAGAAAGAGCAAAAACAUUGAGAAGAGGGUGCUGAUCCUGUCAGACGAGGAGCUGUAGAAGUCAGAAGGGACAGUGACACUGGAGAGGCUUAAACCCAUGGAAUAGGGGACUGUCUGGAGGCUGAGACAACCUGGUCUUAUCGGAGUGCUGAGAGGAGGAGAGGGAAGCCAGGAACUCUACUCAAAGGGCAGUCCCUUGAAGGGAAGAUGCAAUAACCCAGGGAAAGGUUAAAUCAAACAGGGCCAGCUCCUGCUGUCCCAUCUCUGCUGGUGUUAGGGACCAGGCUCUUUGCUCUGUGGCCGAGCAGCCACGUGCUGAGCUCAGUGCUUUGCUGUCAGGGUUUGGGUGCCAGCCCCGUGCCCAUACCCUGGCUGGGGUCCCCAGCAAGCCAGGCACCCCGCCUGUGCCAUCAGACAGACUGGCCGCCCUCACCCUCCUCCUACCUGCAAGCAGCACCCAGGCCUGAGAGAAAUGCUUUUCUCAGCACGGUUCUGCUCUAGUUUCGCCUGAUUUGGGUAAAAAAUGAUCUCAAGGGCCCUGCAGAGAAAAGCAGAGCAGGAAGGUGACUUCACUUCACCUCAAAACCCGGUAAUGUUUGAAAGACAUCAUGCCUUAUUUUUACAUGUUUUCCUCUCUUCUUCCCCCCAAAAAGCCUAUGGAGUCACGCAGGAGACCUUUACAGGGGAGGAAAAGUAACUCAUCCCUCCAGAUGGGGAUGCAGCUGCCUGAGCAAGUCCCCUGGGAGCAGCAGCAGGACCUCAGUCGGACUUCACCACGAGGUCUCGCAGCUGCGUUUCUGAGAGCUGCUGGUGACAGAGGCACUUGUUUAUGUCUAAACCGACUUAUCGCUGAGCGGAUCAGAAGUUAAAAGGGAUUCCAGCUUCCUUAUCAGAGGCAUUAUUAGGGAACCAGACUGUGACUGGUGGUGGUAGGAAUGCACUGACCGGGAACUGUCUGUUCCUCCUAACCCCUCUAUUCCACAUCCCUACCCCUGCUUGCAGGAAACAGUGCUGCGGCCAGGCUGGGACAGACACUGGAUGCUGGGGGACCUGGGGAGCUCAGCAGGGCGAGGGCUGUGUGAGCCAUUUCCCAGAUCUGACAAACUCAUUUCACCCUUGCCAAGCUGCAGAAAGGCACACGUGCCUGAGCCCAGACAGGGUGGUAUUGGCAGGGAUGCACUCAGGGCAGGAGUGCUCACAGGGAGGGUUUUCUCUGUAUCCAUGAUGGAGAGUGUGCCUCCUGUUAAACUUCCUCUCUGAUUUUAUUUUUUUUCAAUUUCUAUUCCCUUGCUGUUCAUCAGACAGUCCCUGGGAACUUAUUUGGGCUGUUAUUUGGGGUGGGAGCUGCGUAGUGGAAGGACAGGGGCAAGUCUGGAGCCUUCAAUUUGCAUGGCAAACAAACCUCUGGGUAAGGCUUAGAGCCAUUUUAGAGCUCCUAGUGUUUUGUUUUCCACCUGCUCCUAAGCU